AUGGAAUUAGUAAUUCAAGAUAUAUUGGUAGGCGAAAAGAACCAUACCAUUGAAGCUGAGCAGUUGAUUGAGUCAAUUCUUACUUCAAGAGAAAAUUACGAUGAGUACUUUAUUUCGCAACCUCUACAAGGAUCGGUCAUAGAAGAUAUAGCCGAAACAGACGCUGAGGUUGCUAGACUCGAGAAGAAGUUGAAGGAGAAGCUGAUUGGGGCGAAGAAUUCUAUUCUCAAAGAACUGUCCGACGAUGAGAUCAAGUCACAAUUGAGCCGUAUAUCCAACGAGACUGACCAACUCUGGGAGCUGGACAACACACAAACGCAAACUAGUGAAACAAAUCGCGUUAAUGGCACAGACUUAGCUUUAGUGAUAAAGGGAAUAGAAGAGUUAGGCGAAUAUGCAAAGAACAAUAAACAGGAGGAUGCAUUUCACGAUGCACUGGGUAAGCUAAGGGAAUGUUAUGAGGCAAAGUCAUGCGGUAGUCUAACUCUAGUAUUAGAGAACAUUGAGAGGAUCAACGAUCUUCUGGGAAUUCCGGCACUUGUUAAUACUUGCAUUAAGACCGGACACUAUCAGGAAGCUUUACUCUGUCACUCGCAUGCUCGUUCAUUGCAAAAUAAAUUCCCUAACGUAGACUUGGUCUCACGUGUGGUAUCCACUGUUCAGGAAGACAUAUCAGAGACAAUGUUACAAGGACUUGUAAAGUUAUUGAGCACUAACCUGACUAUUAACACUUUAAAGAAAAUUACAAACUACCUAUCUUUCAUUGACCCUUUACGUGGGAAUUCCUCCGCAUUACAGCAAUUGUGUUUGUCAAUGCGAUACAAAUUCAUUACGUCAGAAAUAGACUCUUAUGCCAUUGAUGAAACAGUCACAGAAACAGUAAAGGAACUACUCUUCAAAAGGAAGAUAGAAUGUGUCCGAGAACACGUAUACAGCAUUUUAUCUGUUUUCAACUCUCUAUUCCAUGCAGAGACAAUAUCGUUAUUCAUUCCCCUUUUCGACCAGGUGUCUGAGAACCCGAAAGAAGUCCCCACUAGCCUGCAUCUACUACAAUUUGUGCAAAAAUGCACCGAAUAUUUAAUGGCACAACUUAAAGAAUAUAAACUGCAUAGGAUGUCCGAAUCAGUUUGCCUCCAAUUAGUCUACUGCUCUUUCCGUCUGGGAGACGUCAAUAUAAACUUCCAUCACUUGUUCAUGAAUAAGCUUCUCGAGACACAAAUAUUCACCUGCCAAGAACUACAAACAGCAUUAAAUAAGAGACUAGACUUGGCCACAAACUACUGA